GGCUAGUGUGGCUGUGGAUUGUGGCGGUCGUGGCCUGCCGAGUGCCUAUCGUUUUAUAUUUGGAUAUUUAUCUUAAAGUAAUGGCGUGACAAAUACUGUAAUUUGUAUAGAUGUCGGAUACUGUAACUGUUUAUUAAAGUUGUGAAACAUCGGCUUCCCGCGUUAAUCUAAGUGUUAUUUUUGAUGUUGUAGUGUUGAAUUAUAUCUGUUACCUGGAUACAAAAGUGAUAACAAUGACCUGCCUCCUAUUAUUCGCGCAGAGUCUCGCAGUUUCCAUCCUGCUCGUCGCCGGCGCUGCUAUUGAUAACGGUGACCCGGAUGAACAAGGAUUGUACAGUAAGGCCGACCAGGUCACUAUACUGACCAACCAGAAUUUUGAUAAUCAUGUUUACGGCCAGAAUCAUGCCUUACUUGUACAGUUUUACAACAGCUACUGUGGUCACUGCAGAGCAUUUUCGCCAAAGUUUAAAACUCUCGCCCAAGAUAUACGCUUUUGGAAGAAUGUGAUUCAAUUGGCUGUGAUAGACUGUUCAGUAUUUGAGAAUGGUGAAACUUGCCGUAAUUUCGAAGUUACUGCCUACCCAUCGUUACGGUACAUGCAUCCCCAUUAUGUUAAAGAAAAUAGCAAUCUUGGAGAGCCAAUGAGGCAAGCUGAGACUGCAGACAAACUCAAGGAAGUCAUUGUGAAUAAAUUGAUUUCAGAACAAGGUAUUGGCAAUCUGAGAAAUGUUCCACCAUUAAAUAUCUUGCCGUAUAGCAGCUAUGAGAUGGCUUUAAGAGAUGUAUCGGAGGAUGUAACUAAUACAUUCCUGGUUUUUGAGAAUGAGAACUCUACAAUGGGGCCUGAACUGAUUCUUGACACCAAUGAUUACCUUCAUAUCAGAGUUAAGAGAGUACUUGAUAUAAGUGAGUUAGCACAAAAAUCUGGGGCAAAACAGUUCCCCACAUUAGUAGCUCUAAAAAAUGCUGUAGAUGUAAUCCCAAUAACUCCUAAAGUUGUGACAAGAAGAAAUUUAUUGAAAGCCAUUAACAACUAUCUGAAGUCCGAAAACUAUGUCUUCCCUGAUAGGCAGGGUGACACUGGUGACUCUCCCACAGAUGAACAUGCAGAUAAUAACAUAAGUACUGCAGACACUGUGUUCUAUUCUGAUUUAGAAAAGACCAUACAAACUAUUUUACAUUCCGAAGUCCCAAGAUACAAAACACUUACUGGAGAGCCACUGCAAGCAAUCUUGAACUUUUUAACAAUAAUGAUAGAGAUAUUUCCCUUCAGGGGGAAUGGUAGAGAAUUCUUUGUGGAGUUGCAUGACAUACUUUCAAAGCAUCAAGUAUGGUCUGGCAAUGAUGUGGCAGAUUUAAUCACUACUUUAGAAAGCAAACACUACCCAGUAUAUGUUUCAAACUUGGAAUAUGUUGCAUGCAGAGGAAGCCAAGCCAAGUACAGAGGCUACUCCUGUGGUCUGUGGACAUUGUUCCACACACUGACUGUCAACGCAGCUCAGCAACCCGGCACCAAAGGUCCUCAGGUUCUGAGAGCUAUGCAUGGCUACAUAAAAAACUUUUUUGGAUGCACUGAAUGCUCUGAACAUUUCCAAACAAUGGCAGCCAAGAAUCAGAUAUUUGACGUCAAAGAAAAUGACAAAGCAGUGUUAUGGUUGUGGGUUUCUCACAAUGAAGUUAAUUUAAGACUAGCAGGAGAUUUGACUGAGGACCCGUACCACCCUAAGAUUCAAUUCCCCAGUCCAACAAAGUGCCCGAAGUGUCGCCAGGCGAGGGGUCAGUGGAACCUCUCUGCUGUCUACGAGUACCUACAGCAGAUCUACGGAGCAGCCAAUAUCCAGAGCCAGCACAGCAAUGCAGCGCAACGUGGACCCAGCCUCUUCUCAAACCUAGACAUUGGGAUGCUAAGCCUUCUCGCAGUCCUUCGCUACUGGUUAACUGCCGGAUUAUGAGUAGGAUGAGGUACAUGCAGGGCUAGAAUAAGCAGCCGGAUCACUCCUUUAGAACAAGAUAGUUGGUCAAUUAAGUUUAGGCGCUAUAAACCAGUUAGGGCUUGUGUUUAAGUAAAUUGCACUUUAAAAUAUGUAUACUGGAGCGUCCUAUCAUAAGCAAUAAACCAACAAGAAAGAGUAUCACAAUA